UAUAAAAGGGGUGUCGCCAUACCAGAUUACAAUGAUAUUACCCCUUACUCGCAGUCUGAUUUCGCUUUAACUUUCACAAAAUCAACAACCACUUCUCUGAGUCUCAGAUAAUACCGCUUGCAUAUAUCCCGCCUGGUCCUAAUCCGCCUUUGAAUUCAUUUACGUGCCUCUCAAAGCUCAUCCCUCCAAAAUGAAGUUUCUUACCUAUCUCCUGAUCAGCGUCUCCGCGACCACCGUUCUAGCGGCUAGUUCUUCGACUCCCAAUCUCAAUGCUGAAGAGUGCGGAGCGCUGGGAGUGAUGGAAGUUGAUCUCGCCAGCCUGCCCGAGGGCGUCACUGCGGCGGAUGUGCGCAAGUGCAGAGAUCAUCCACUGGGUCGCCCUGCCUACCCUGGUGCUGGUGUCGGUGGUGUGUUUCGUCGAUUUCUGCCGACGUGGGUGUUCUAGAUUCUUGGCGGGGGAUUCCUUUGUCUUGUUGCAUUCAACGGUUUCUAUGGUGAAUACCUAUGGAAAACUGUUGGUGUUGAUGGGAUUGCUUUUCAUAGUUUGACUCUCACUUGCUCUCUAUGUCCUGGUUACCAUGGGGUUCAUAUUUAUGCCUAGAGAUAUAUUUACCGAGUUAGUAGUACGGAGUAUUUACACCACUACAACAUUCCCUGCCGAUCAUUUAC